CUCCGUACCUGCUGGCGCUAACCGGGAACAGCCGGGACCUGGCGCUGGACCCAUGAGGGGCUGCGUGUUCCAGGCGGUCCCGCGGCGGUGUGUCCACGUGGGCCAGCGCUCCUCGCUCACCAGGACCUUCUCCCCCCGGGACGUGGAGCUCUUCUCCCAGCUGACCGGCGACCGCAACCCCCUCCACCUGGACGCGGCCUACGCCGCCACCACGCCCUUCCUGCGGCCCGUGGUCCACGGGGUGCUGGUCAACGGGCUGCUCUCCGCCCUGCUGGGCACCCGCAUGCCCGGGCCGGGCUGUGUCCUGCUGCACCAGAACCUCCGCUUCCCCCAGCCGCUGUACGUGGGGGAGGAGGUGGUGGCGGAGGCCGAGGUCACCAGGGUCCGCAUGGAGGUGGUCUUACUGGCGGUGCGGUGCUCCGCCGGGGAGAAGGUGGUGAUGGAGGGGGAGGUGAAGCUGAUGGUGCCCCAGGAGAAGACCUAGAGGAGGAGG